GCAAUGCAUUGUGGGUACCGAGGCAACCGCAAAUACAAACACCUGAGACAGGUGAGCGGCCACGCCCAAACCUGUCCAAACCAGUCCAAACCAGUCCGGACCGGUCCGAGACGGCAGCCAUGGCGGCGCUGGCGCUCGCGGUGGCGCUCGGGGCGGUUUUGGUGGCCCUCGGGGGGGUUUUGGUGGCCGCGCUGGCCCGCAGGGGCUCGGAAGGGCCGAGGCUGACGGUGCCGGGAAGGGCGGUGGCGCACAGGGGAGGCGCAGGGGAGCGGAUCGAGAACACCAUGGAGGCCUUCGAGAACGCGGUCUCGGAGGGCUGCGAUUGGCUGGAGCUGGACGUGCGGCGCACCCGCGACGGCGUCGUCGUCGUCUGUCACGACCGGGAGCUGUCGCGACAGAGCGGCCGCCAUCUUGACGUCACCCAGACCGAUUACCAGGACCUGCCCUCGUACCGGAGCCCCCUGGAGGUGACGUUUUCACCAGGCUCGUUCUCCUCCGGCUGCGAUCGCCGCAUCCCCCGAUUGGUCGAGGUCUUCGAGCGCUUCCCGCGGCAGCCAAUGAGCAUCGAGGUCAAGGACGACGACGAUGACCUCAUCAAUGAGGUCACUGAGGGGGCGGGGCUUGGCUCGGGGGCAGUUUUGGGAGCCUUUUUUUAG